AUGUUAAUUAAGAAAGCUUACAUUUCUUUUGAUGGUCGGUGGUUCAUGGAUGUUUUCCUUGUGACUGAUUUGGAUGGAAACAAAUUAACUGACGAGAAUGUCCUCAAUUACAUCAAACAGAUUGGUCUGAGAAAGGGUUCUCACUCAUUUGUUGAGGCUCGUGCUACUGGGUUUUCAGAAGAAAAUGGAACCUUGGGGAACAGUUUCUCUAACAGUGAUUUGGUGCUGCUCUUCAUAUCUGAUGCAGUUCAAGUAUCAAAUUGCUUUGUUUAUUUAGCCAUGAGGGCUUUGUCAUUGAGCAUUGACUUUCCAAAACACAUCAGCAUCAUAGUUGUAUAUCCAAAGGGAAUGGGAUCCUCUGUGAGAAGGUUAUAUGAGCAGGGGAAAGAAAUCAAUGGUGUUGGCAUUAAUUCGAGUUUUGCUGUCCACCAGGAUGUUGAUGACAGAGCUACAGGCGUUGCCCUUGGUUCUCCUUUUACUUUUGCCACUACUUCGGAGCAGGAGUACAAGAGGGAUAUUAUUAUAGAGAGAGGAGAGCUUGAAGAGAAGGUGAAUGCUCUUCAAGAAAGGCCAUCAGGGAUGUCCCAAGGGGAAGAAGAACUACUCAAUGCUGUCGUUUGUCGAGUUGCUGCCCUAGAAGCGGAGUUAAUUGCCACAAAAAAGGCGUAUCCUUACAAGAGAACAAAACUCGAAAAUAGGAAUAUAGAUAAUAAUGGAGAUGAAAUUCGACGGCGCCAUCUUCGUGAAGUUCUUGCUGUUGCAAUGCCUAUUGGUGUUAUGCUCUGCACAAGAUUUCGAUUUUUUCUAUUUUGUUCAACAGUGGCCAGGAUCAUAUUGUGA